UAUUUGGAAAUUAAACAGCAAGUCUUCACAAAUCGACAAACAUGGCGAUGCACGUUCCCAAGGCACCGGGCUUUGCCCAAAUGCUCAAAGACGGAGCCAAGCACUACAGUGGCUUAGAUGAAGCAGUGUAUAGAAAUAUAGAAGCUUGUAAGGAGCUCGCUGCUACCACCCGUUCAGCAUUUGGACCUUUAGGUCAAAGUAAGAUGGUUAUAAAUCACAUAGAAAAGCUGUUUGUCACAAAUGAUGCAGCGACAAUCUUAAGGGAGUUGGAGGUUCAACAUCCAGCAGCCAAACUGCUGGUCAUGGCAUCCCAGCAACAGGAACAGGAAGUAGGGGACGGCACAAACUUCGUACUCGUAUUUGCAGGGGCACUACUGGAAAAUGCAGAGAUGUUGAUUAGAAUGGGACUGUCAGUCACAGAAGUCACCGAGGGAUAUGAACAAGCGCUGAAGAAAGCCCUGGAUAUCCUCCCAGGACUUGUUUGUGGAGAGCAGAAGAACCUUAGGGACAAAGAGGGCAUAGUGUCAGCCAUCAAAACAUCAGUCAUGAGCAAGCAAUACGGCAACGAGGACUUCAUUGCAGGUCUCAUCGCUGAAGCCUGUCAGUCUGUCCUCUCACAAAAGCUGCAAUUUAAUGUGGACAAUGUUCGAGUGUCCAAAAUUCUGGGGUCAGGUGUUCAUCAAUCAGAAGUUAUUCAGGGAAUGGUGUUCAAAAGAAACGUAGAGGGAGACGUCACGAAGGCUGAGAAAUGUAAAAUCGCUGUGUACUCCUGUCCCCUGGAUGUUCUGCAAACAGAGACAAAGGGAACAAUAAAGAUAACAAGUGCUGAAGAACUGAUGAAUUUCAGUAAGGGAGAGGAGAACCAAGUGGAGGAGCAAAUUAAGGGCAUUGCCGAGUCCGGCUGCACUGUGGUGGUGUCAGGGGGUAAGGUCGGGGAGCUGGCUCAGCAUUACUGUAACAAAUACAAACUCAUGGUGGUGCGUUUGAUGUCCAAGUGGGAUCUGCGACGUCUGUGUCGUUCUGUAGGAGCCACGCCUUUACCUAGGAUUACCCCACCCACGGCAGAUGAGGCUGGCUACUGUGACAAUGUAUAUAUAGAUGAGAUCGGAGACACUGCUGUUAUUGUCUUCAGACAAAAGGCAGAAGAGAGUGCUGUGGCCACAAUAAUGAUCCGAGGGUCCACAGACAAUGUGAUUGAUGAUAUAGAGCGAGCAAUAGACGAUGGCGUCAACACGUUCAAAGCUCUGACCAAGGAUCCCAGAAUGGUCCCAGGGGCUGGUGCCACAGAAAUAGAGCUGGCGAAACAAAUUAGUACUUUCGGAGAGAGUUGUCCAGGCCUCGAGCAGUACUCCAUUGUGAAGUUCGCUGAGUCACUAGAAGUUGUUCCAAAAGCCCUGUCAGAAAAUGCUGGAGCAAAGGGCACUGAAAUCCUAUCCAAACUGUAUGCAGCUCACCAGGAAGGAAAGCAGAGCGUGGGCGUGGAUGUGGAGUCCGUCCCUGUUGGGGUGAGAGAUGCGCUGGAGACAAACAUUAAGGAUCUGUACAUCAACAAAUACUGGGGAAUGAAGUAUGCCACAACGGCCGCCUGCACAGUCCUCAAAGUAGACCAGGUUAGUAUAAGAAACCAGGUCGCCAGGCACUUGAGAAAUCUUUAUAUAUAUAUAUUUACAUUUUACUUCCAUUUCUGUUGGAAUUCCCAGUCAUUAUCUAUCAAGAUUCCUAUGCACAUUGUUCACAUUCAGGAGGAAAUGCCCAUCAUUUAAAGUGGUAAAUAUAGCGGCGGUAAAAACUUAGGAAAUGUGAAUACUUCCUGUUGUUUCUCAUUUAUUCUUUACUCAUGUCCAGAUGAAGGUUUUAUAACACAGAGGUUGCAGUAAUUCCCUCCAGGUUCACAUCAAAACAUGGUCAAGACAAGUUGAUUCCAGGAUUCAGGGGUGUGAGUUUUCCUCUUUUCAGAGAAAUCCUCUGCUUUGCUCCUGUUUUGAAAAAAUGAAACACUCUGGAUUUGAUCUAAGGUGGCAGAAAAUGAUAUUUUUCCAGGUGGGGUGAGGU